UCCGUUACCCGCCACUUUUCGAAUCGUGUGACACCGUAAUGGAAGAAGCUGCAGACCACAACACAAAGAGAUGGCUGAAGCCGGAAGAAAUAAUGCAGAGACGCCGCGCAACUAGAACAAACUCCACAAACGACUCUAGAAAGCGACGGCCCCUCGACGACUGCACGACAGAAACGCUCAACAGGAAAACAGCCAAACGCCAGAAUCCCUUCAUCAUCACAAGCUCCAAAGACAAACCAGAAAUCGACGAAGGAAAGAGCAAGAACACAGUCGAACAGAGAGAUAUCAUUGAUAUCAAUGACUUCAUAGAGAGACUGGAUACAGACGCAAACAAGGUGAGGGAGAUUGAAGAAGAGAAGGUUGGUGGUGUGAUGGAUCAGGAUGGCUGGUGUGACUGUUGCCCGACGGAUUGGAGUUUGAAGACGCGACUACGAGUGACGUCUCGACGCUCGUUGGCUUGGUGUUCGCAUAUGAAGACAUGCCGCGAGGCCGAUGGCUUGUGUGGCUUUGUUCAGUGUACGGGGUAUCAGACUGAGGAUUGCCAACCGGCUUUCAAGCGGUGUUUACUUCAGUGGGUCUAUCCCAGUCUCCCAUGGCUGCAGCUCUUUCCUCGUACACAAUCAGACGUCAAACAUCAUUCGACAAGCGAACUCGAUCCACAGUGCUGCACUGCACUACAGGAAGAAUGGAGAGAGAGCUUUCGCUCUGUGUAUCACAUGUUACGUUCCGAUCGCUGUCCGUUCUUCUACCUCUGUGCAGCACACUUUACGGUCGUCUUCAGAGUCAAGGGAAUGGGAGGAAGCGCAACAAUACAUGCUCUGCUCACACCAUCAACGAAAGGCAUUCGAGAUGCAUUGAGUAGAGAAAGUGUUCAGUAUUCUAUGCCUUUCAUGUCUCAAUCAUGCACACCAUCUUCUGAUGUCACUGCAGCGACUACAAAUUUUUCUAGCGCGGCACCUUGUAAUACAGAGACUGUGUCCAGGACGGACAAAGACUGUGAUGACAUUGACUCUUAUUCUUCCGGUAGCGGUGACACCACCGAACCUCACGACUGGCUGGAAAGCAUGGGGUUGGACACGACGGCGUUCCCAACUCUCGACCCAAACCAGAUUGCAUUACAUAAGCUCAGGGUUGGUCACAUCGAUGAUCGACCUGCUUCCAUGCUCUUGAUUAGCGGGUUGCUCAACGUUCAAGCCCUCUUCAACUACCUACUAAACAGCACAACAAUAAUACCCGUUGUCGGUGCACAUGCAGGAAUUCCACCAACAAUACUGUCCCCAAGACCGUUUGAAGGAGCAACACUGAAAUGCCAGAGGGCUCGUUACUCUGUCAUUCAAGUGGCCCAAGGAAUAGACUCAAAACGAGAAGACCGAGCCAUGCAGCAAUUCCAUUGUGUUGACAUCUCGGGUCCCAUUCUACCACACCAACUGGUACAGUUAUGUCAACUGCUUGACACAACACAGGACGGUGACUACAGCGUUGCACUGGCGACCCAUAAGCCGACGGUCGCUUUCAAUUGCAGCAUGGUUGGUAACGGCAACGUUGAAAUGACGGAAUCGGAUGCAGUUAGGUAUGGUAUGAGAUGGGAGACGCUACAGCUUCUCUCCAAGACAGGAAGUGAGAAAAUGAAUGGACUUGGUACGAGAAAUGUGUUGUGUACAGAACAUCUGUAUAGAUGGACGUAGCUUGGUUAAUAAGAGUGUAGAAUUAUCAUAAUAAAUACAUUUGCGGAAUAAAUAUUUGUGGG